CCAAUUAAGCCUGGACGCACAUGUUUUGGCUUCAUUGAGCUCAGCUGAGUCAUUUAUCCCGGAUGUCUUAAUUCUACUUUUGUGCAACAGGCCCCUGGACAUAUUCUAAUGCUAGAAUUGUUUUGUUGUCUUGUUCAGUGAGCAGGUAGAGAAGAGGCACAGGAUUGCAGAAUAUUAAGAGGAUAACUCCACUCCGCUUCAUCUCCAUGGAUCUCUCCCUUUCACCCUCUGUUUCUGACACUGUCUGUGUGCUCUGGGGCUGUGAGCUGAAUGACACCCAGAGAAAGGCAGUGUUUGAAAUAGCGGAGGAUUUGUUGGAGCAUCAGUUCUUUAUCCGAACGAUGUGUCUGGGUGCAGAGGCCAGUAAGGAGAUGCAUGUGGUGGAGGUACAGGACAGAGUUGGGGAAUGCUGCAAGCCAGUGCCCAUUGCCACACUUCACCCUAUGUGCCAACCCAUGGUCAGUUUCAGUGGGUUUGAGCUCAUCCCACCUGUCAUCUUCAACCUUCGCUCUGGGCAGGGCCCCCUCUUUAUUUCUGGACAGCAUUUGACAUUAGUGGAGGAGGAGGAGGAGGAGGAGGAGGAGGAGAAGAAGAAGGAGGAGGAGGAGGAGAAGGUCUUCUCAUCAACACCCCCACUUGAUCACAGUGGUCUUCAAUAACAUGAUCACAUUUGAAGGACUUCAAUAAAAC